AUGUCUUUGACGCUGGAAAGCCAGAUCCCACAGAGUCUCGAGGCGGACAUCGCCAAUGACAAACUCUCGGCCGUCAGGGAACUUUACGAGUCAACAGACCCAGAUGGACAGCCCAGGCUACUAUAUCAGAUCGCUGCACUCGCUGCAAAACACAUUCAGCUUGACAUCAUAGACUGGGUCUUCACCGAGGGUUUCCAGCUACCUCUUGAAACACUAAAUGACGAGUUCUACUUCCAAGUCUGCGCCGCUGGAUCACUUGAGUUGUGGAAAAGAGUUGUCAAGAAUGGCUUCAACCUAAAUGGCCAUCGCACAUACGAGGGUAAUAUUGAUAUUGUACGCUUCCUGUUGGAGAAUGGACAGUAUCCAAAUGAUUCCUGGGCAGGGUAUGAUGAUAUGGAACCGAGCGUGGCUGCGUUAGCGGGUGAGAGGCCAUUACUGAUGAUUCUCCAUCUUUUACUACAACAUGGAUGGAACCAGAAGGGUAGUGUCGCGCAUAUUGCGGCAGCUGAAAUGGGCAUUAUGGAAGCACUGAAGUUACUGGUAGAGCAUGGCGCAGAUUUGGAGGAGGCCCACUGGUGGUGGUUCAAUUGUGGUGUGUAUGGGGAUGUAUGGGGGACUGCACUGUAUCGAGCAGCCUUUAAGGGCCAGAGAGAUUCUGUGGCGUAUCUGCUAGACAAGGGAGCCAGCACCAAAUUCAGGGAUGAAAAGGGGCGGUCUAUCAUGUGGGCGGCGAGACAAGGGGGUAAUAGAGAGGUGAUCAGCCUGCUGCUGGAUAAUGGGCUGGAGGGAAAAUUAGGUUUCGGUGCAUAA